UGUAACAGAUUCAGAAACAUGUGCAAGUCAGCCUGAGUAAAGCUGAGUCGUCGUUCAUCAUGUUAGCCUCAGUUUAAAUUGUAGCCUGGUCCUUUUCUUCUUUGCUUUUAUUAGGUUAACAUGGCCAGACAACGUCACAAUGCGGGCCAUUUGUGGAAGAAAGUGGCAGCUUAUCACCCUGACCUUAAAAGAUCCUGCCAGCAGGCAGUUAUCGUGCUUCAGAGGCUCGAGUCUCUUGGAGCGAAAAGUACCCCCGACUGUGCCCAUAGUGUUAUGUGGAAUUAGGACUAUCUCAAUAGAUAUAUGGUUUUGAAUAAUUCUUUAUAGUUGUUCUGCCUAGUUAAAAUACUGCACCAAGGCUGCAGUUUCUUACUUACUCACAGCAAGUUUUGCAUGUUGUGUUCUGCAAUAAGAAGAACAGUAUACUUGAAAUCCUAACCCUUGAGAACUGUUUUUUAAAUUGAUGUAAAAAAAAAAAAAAAACAUGAUGGCAACACUCAGUAGAUCUACUUCAAACAAAUGCAGUUUAAUGAAACAGCCCUGAGAAGAAUCCAGCACCUUGAAGAUUACAAUGUUCAGGUUCAGCUAAUAACACUAAUAUAACAGUAAGCUAAUGUAGGCCUAGCUAAUUUAGUUGGUUGGUUAGAUUAAUCGCAGUAAGGUAAUAUUGCUAAUAUUUUGGUUUAUUACACUAGGGUAAUAGUAAGUUUAUGUAGCUAAUAUGGUGGUUUACGGUGCUAAAUUAGCAUAAUAAAUAACCACAUUAGCCACAUAAACUUACUAGGCCUACUACACUAGUGUAAGAACCAACAUAUUAGCUAUAUUAGCUUACAGCUAUAUUAGCCUAAUAUGGCAGUAAGCUAAUAUAGCUAGCUUUAUUACACUAGGAUGGUAGUAAGCUAAUGUAACUAAUAUGCUGUUUCUAUGCUUCUAAUGAAUCUACUAUUCUGGUUGAUUGCACUAAGAUGGCAGUGAGCUAAUAUAGCUAAUAUGGAGGUUUAUCACGCUAACAUGGCGGUAAGCAAAUGUAGCUAAUGUUGUGGUUGAUUACACUAAGAUGGUAGUCAGCUAAUUUAGCUAAUUUUUUCCACAGACAUCUUAUUUGAUUUGAUCAUACCAAAUAACAGAAACACAGUAUAAUACAAUGAAUAAAUAAAUACAGAGAAGGAACCUCAAUUGCUUUUAGGUUUGAGACACAAAUAAGCAUCAAAACAGUUGAACAGACUUCUUGGUUAGUCCAGCAACACUCAGAUGACCAAAGCAAGUUCAAUCAGAAAGAAAAGAAAGAUAACUAGCAGGAAUAGAGUGGUGUAGUGAUGACAUAUUUCUAUAGGCUUACCUGAAGGUUAGCAUCAGUGUGGUUCCCUUGAAAAAAGCCUAUGAGAUUAUUACAGUGGAUUUUGGUAUGUAAACAAAUAUAUGUUCUGUGGUGAACUCAAGUUUAUGAUACUUACACGUUCUGUUCAGGAAAAUAAUCUUAGCAGAUGAUUUUCAAAGCAUACAUUUCAUCUCUAGUAGUAACAAGCUAAUGUUUGGCUAUAAACAGACUACAUUAAAUCUACAAACUGUAAAGUUAGAGUAGAUCAGUUUCCACCAUUAAAGAUGGACCAGUGAGUUGAUGAGUCUCCAUGUUCGGCCUGAUGACAAUUAAUGUCUUCUACAGUCUCGUUCAGCCACUUGUUAGCAACUGCCAUUUUUAAGACCCACAUACACUAUAUGAAUGAAUUGUCGGAUAUUUGAGGAUGUAUUUUAUAUUGUAGACCGAAACUUGUAAAUAUUUUUAAACCUGUGGUGAGCACAGAUCUUAUUUCAGGCCAAUUCAAAAAACCUGUUGACUUUGAGAUGAGUUAACCAGAUGAGCGCAGACACAAACUGACCUCUGGGUUUCAAAACAGUCAGAAUGAAGAAAAUACUCCCCGAUGAGGAGAGGACAUCGAAAAACAAAACGUAAACCAUUUGAUCUCCUGCCUCAAUUUAAACUUUUGCAUUUACCUACUGCACAAAUAUUUCCACAAUUGCUUUGUGUGUUGCUUUUUAAAUGUAAUGUCUUUAUUCAUGUGAUUCAUAUAUAUGUAAAUACUUCCUUACAUCUUAGUCUGUUUCUUGCUUAUUACAGUUUUAACAAUCUUUUUAAAAAUAUAUAUAUAAUAAAUCCCUACAGACUACAGCAUCGUCUCACUAAAACUCUGACAACACAUUCCUGUGACAAAACAGAUACUUUCUCCCUGUCUGUAUUCUUUUAUUUUCCCCAAAUGUAAUCAAUUAAAUCCACCAUCGAUUACUGGAUCCUCUCUCCAGGUGCAGAGAGCAGCUGUGAGACAAAACCCCAACACGAAGCCUGUCAGUUCCUGUGAUGCCCUUCAAAAUAAAAGCACUUGCCGAUAUUCCUAUUACGCGGUUGGGAAUGUGUAUCAAACACGCGUAGUAAUAAGUCGGAGAAAAUGGAUUUAAUUUUUUCGGGUUAUUAAAGACAAAAUCCCUCUCAACACCUCCUCUCUAAAAGCCAGAUUAAUAGCCCCCUCGCUCGUAUUUUGAAAGCCGAAUCGAGCGCGUUUCCGGUGCGGUCGCGUCAGAGGUGCGCCAGCUUGACGCAGGAGGUGCUGUCGACAGCCCGCAGCCUCACAAAAUAAGACACUAAUUUAUCCCGGGUGUAAAUAAUAGCGCCGGAAGAUGGUGGCGAAACAGAGGAUCCGCAUGGCCAACGAGAAACACAGCAAGAACAUCACGCAGAGAGGAAACGUGGCCAAGACGCUGCGACCACAAGAGGAGAAGUAUCCUGUGGGUCCCUGGCUGCUUGCCCUCUUUGUCUUUGUUGUGUGUGGAUCAGCCAUAUUUCAGAUCAUCCAGAGUAUCCGCAUGGGGAUGUGAUCCAGAAGGAGCCUCUGGACUACCACCUCCCCUCCCAUCCCUCCCCCCUGCCCUCACUGAGUCCGGCUAGCCUGCACCUGCACACCCCCGCCCCCCUCCGGAGGCACAGAGACUGACGCCAAAGCUUCGGAUCCAGCAGACCUCAGAGUGAAGCUUCCCCCGACCUCCACCGCCGACACCUCCUCCACCUCCUCCACCAGCCCCUCCCAUGGACAUCUGCCCCCCCCCAACCACCACCCCCGAUCAGCGUUUACAGUGUUGCAGUCUGUGGUACUGACAAGCUUUUCUAUGGACAGUCUAAAACCACGUUGGCUGGAGAACAUGCGUGUGAUAUCACUCACUUGGCACCUUUGUGUGUGUGUGUGUAAAGGUGUGACUGUUAAUGUGAGAGUGUGUGUGGCCAGAGAUUCCUGCUGACAAUGUGCCAUAUCUGUCUGUAUAAGUGUUCGUCUGUGACGUGUGAGAAGAUCUUUUUUCAAAUAAAUGUUGAGCAUUUA